CGUGCCGAGGGAAAUCCAAUCAGACGAAAAUGCGAGCUGCCACCUUGUUACUCGGCCUGCUGCUGCUGGCCACCUGCUCCACGAUUCUGGCCCGACCGCAGGACAGCAGCACCACCACCUCCUCAACCACGACCAGCACCACCACCACCACCACCACCACCACCACGCCCAAGCCCGAGGAGUCCACCACAACCACCACAACUACGACUACCACAACGGAGAAACCCAAAUCGGAGUCCACAACUGCCAGUACUACCACUAGCAGCACCACCCCCAGUACCACUCCUAGCACUACUCCUAGCACCACCCCCAGUACCACUCCUAGCACCACUCCUAGCACCACUCCUAGCACCACUCCCAGCACCACCACCACCACCACCACAACUACUCCAAAACCCGACGAUGAGGCCGCCAAACUGCUGCAACAAUGUGCCGAGCUGAGCCGCCGGAAGAAGCGCGGUGGGUCGUCCUCUUCUGAAGAAGACGACAGUGGUGAGAAAAAGUCGGCGAAGAAAGAGCGCAAGCAGUUGAAGAAACUGUGCAAGCAGUUGAGGAAGCAGCAGGAGCGCAAGCAGGAGCAGGCCCAGAAAUCGGCCCUAUCCGAAUUGGCCGAUGCCCUGCGGAACUACAACCAGAAGCAGAAGAACUAGAGCCAGCAUCUCCAUAUUUAAAAACCAAUGUUUUUCUUUUUAGUGUACUUUUUUUUUUGAAACAAAAAUUAAACUAAUAAAAAGGUUAUUAUAUUAA